AUGAGUAAUAAUGAGAAAAGUGUUGGGGAAUUUAUUGGAACAGUAUUUAUUUCUUACAUAGCUACGAAUAUUGAUGAUCUUGUUAUCUUAAUGAAUUUUUUUACAGAAGCAACAAUAUCUAAUUCAUUACUUAAAGUUCAUCAUAUUUUCAUUGGUCAAUAUUUGGGAUUUUUUAUAUUGUUAGGAGUUAGUCUUAUUGGUUACGCUGUUUCAUAUGCACUACCUGCUAAAAUGCUUGGAUUUCUUGGAUUUUUACCAAUUAUUCUUGGUAUAAAAGGUCUUAUUGAAAUAAUCAUUGAACAAUAUAAAAAAACGACUAUUAAUAUCAAUGAUGUUGUUCCAAAUGAUAAUAUUUCAACAAUUGAACUUGAAACAAUUCGUUAUCGAAAUGAUCUUAAUGAACAAAUUAUUUUCGAAUUUACAACACGACAACAACAACAACAACAACCUGAUAUCAUUGAGUCAUCCUCAACUAUGAACUUUAAACAAAAAAUUCUUAAACUUUUAAGUUAUUGUUUUAAUCUUCAAAUAUUAAAAAUUGCAAGUAUUACUUUAGCAAAUAGUGGUGAUAAUAUUGCUAUUUAUACACCAUUAUUUGCUCAAGCAACAAAAUGGCAAAUUGGUGUUUAUAUUGCUAUAUAUUGUGCUAUGGUAUUGAUUUGGCUUAUAUUUUGUUAUUUCUUUAUUAAUUUUCGACCAAUUUUAUCUCUUGCACAAAAAUAUGCUCAUUAUAUUGUACCUAUUGUAUUUAUUGGAAUUGGACUUUAUAUUAUUAUUAAGUCAGAUUGUUUUCCAUGGUUAGUAGAAGCCAUUAGAACAAAAAAUUUUACAAAUGGUUAA